AUGGGCACGAUUGUUUACCGGAAAAUGACCCUGGAAGAGGCGAAAUGGAAGUUUCCCGAGCUAAGAAAGGUGGUGCGGAUGGGGGGGGAGUGUAGCCCGGUGGAGGUGCCUGUGACCUACGGCGAGGUGCCUGGUGCUUCUGAUGCCGAUGUGCGGGAGCGGGAUGAGGGAGCUGAGCGGGCUACCGUGGAUAGGCCGACACCGGAGGAGUGGAACGUUGACGUUCAAUGGGAAGACGUGGAAGAGCUAUGGAGUUAUGAUGUGCACCCGACGCAGGGUGCGCGACCGACAUCUUUGGCGAGCACCCUCAUCAUGCUUGUGCACGCUGGCGCAAACGGAAACUCCCAUUUCAUCGGUGGAUCCACUUCUUGGGCCAACACCGACACGGAGACUGGUUACCAUUGUGAGAGGGAUAAGGCGGAAUUGCCAUCGGAUCAAGUGGAUGAUGUGGCAGACGCAGUGAUAAAAGAUGCGGAGGAGUGGAGCGACGAUAGUGAUGAGUGGUGGCUAGCAGGCCACUAUGACGGGGAGGAAGUGGAGGUGUGGGUGGCAGGAGUGCAAGGGCUGACAGCAGCGGUGCAAGGGCUGACAGCAGGGGUGCAAGGGCUGACAGCAGGGGUGCAAGGGUGGAAAGCAGGGGUGCAAGGGUGGAAAGCAGGGGUGCAAGGGGGAGAAGCAGGGGUGCAAGGGUGGGAAGCUGGGGUGCAAGGGUGGGAAGCAGGGGUGCAAGGGCGGAAAGCAGGGGUGCAAGCAUGGGAAGCAGUGCAUAGGGGGUAUGAGGGGACUGUGGGGUAUGAGAGGAGUUGGGCGUACGAGGGGAGUGCGGGGUAUGAGAGGAAUGGGGAGUAUGAGAGGAGUGGGGGGAGUCCACUGUAUGGAAUGAGUGGGGGGUAUGAGAGGAGUGGGGAGUAUGAAAGGAGUGGGGGGUAUGAGAGGAGUGGGGAGUAUGAAAGGAAUGGGGGGUAUGAGAGGAGUGGGGAGUAUGAAAGGAGUGGGGGGUAUGAGAGGAGUGGGGAGUAUGAAAGGAGUGGGGGGUAUGAGAGGAGUGGGGAGUAUGAAAGGAGUGGGGGAGGAUGGGGGGGGAAGCAGGGAAGGGGAUGGGGGGAAGCAGGGAAGGGGAUGGGGGGAAGCGGGGAAGGGGAUGGGGGGAAGCAGGGAAGGGGAUGGGGGGAAGCAGGGAAGGUGAUGGGGGGAAACAGGGAAGGGGAUUGGGGGAAACAGGGAAGGGGAUGGGGGGAAAGUAGGGAAGGGGAUGGGGGGAAGCAGGGCAGGGGAUGGGGGGAAGCAGGGAAGGGGAUGGGGGGAAGCAGGGAGGGGGAUGGGGGGAAGCAGGGUAGGGGAUGGGGGAAAGCAGGGAAGGGGAUGGAGGGAAGCAGGGAAGGGGAUGGGGGAAAGAAGGGGAGGGGACGAGGGGAAGCAGGAAGGAGGGAGGGGGGAAGCAGGAAGGAGGGAGGGGGGAAGCAGGGAGGAGGAAGGGGGGAGUGGCAGGGGUGUAAACAAGCCUGGGGAAGUGAGGUCGACGAGGAGAGGGAGUGGGGGAAGUACCCGCUCUCACCCUCUGUCCUUCCCCCUCUGUGCCCCUCCCCCUCUUAUCCUCCCCCUCCGUCCUUCCCCUUCUGUCUCCCCCCCUCUGCCCUUCACCAUCUGUCACUCCACCUGUGUCCUUCCCCCUCUGUCUCUCCCCCUUUGCCCUUCCCCCUCUGUCUCUCCCCCCCUGUCCCCCCCCCUGUACCUCCCCCCUCUGUCUCUCCCCAUCUGUCCUCCCCCCUCUCCCCCUUGUACUUCCCCUUCUGUCCUUCCCCUUCUUUCCUCCCCUCUGUCCCUCCCCCUCUGUCCCUCCCCCUCGUUCCUUCCCCUCUGUCCCUCCCCCUCUGUCCCUGCCCCUCUGUCCCCCCCCCACUAUCCCUCCCCUCUCGUCCCUGCACUUUCGUCCCUACCCCUCCUUCACUCCCCCUCUUUCCCUUCCCCUCUGUCCCUCCCACUUUGUCUCUCGCCCUCUGA